CACCAAUACCGUCGAUGCGUAGAUGAGUGAACAGCUUGAGCAUAUAGCAAUGAUUCCCGAUCAUCAUUCAUCACGUCUUCGCUUAGUGCGAACAACUGAUUGUUCGAAGGCGCUUGUCGGACCUUCGAUGCAUCCUGUUCAGAGUGUAGCGCGCUCACGGGAACAAGCCACGACGUUAUGACACGGUUGAGCGCAUACCGUCUCUGAGUAUAAAACACGACCUAAGCAUCGUAAAUGAGCAUCCGUCAACAGGAUUUCCUCUCUUUUACAGCAUGCUCGCCUACGCUCUUUCCUUGCUCCCAAUCCUGCUUUCCGCAGUCACGACGGCUUUGCCGACGUCGGAACGAGGCCUUACUGUCAAUGGAACGGCUGCCGUGACUACCUCCCUCGUAGCCCGGGCCCAAGAUCAGCCCCUCACUUUCGACAACUCCAACUGGAUCUGGACUGGAGAAACCGCGAGUCCAGGUGGUGCCGCCCCCAACGGUCCUCGUCCAUUCCGCAAGACAAUUCCUCACACCAAUACCAAGUGCCCCGUAUGUGCGACUGUCAUAAUCAUCGCUGAUAAUCGCUACACGCUCUAUGCCAACGGUGCUGAGAUCGGUUCUGGCAUAGCCUACGAAGGCAGCGGCUCUACAUCCCAGGUAUACACCGUCGGUCUCAACCCCGAAGUCGACAAUGUUAUCGCUAUCAAUGCCACCAACACCGGUGGUCCCGCCGGACUCAUCGCCACAAUUCAUGUCGACUACCUCGACGGAACCAGCGAGACGUUUGUCACGGACGCGUCUUGGAAGACUCUCCGAGCGCCCACUACGGCCGGCUUCGAAAACCCCAGCUUGGACGACUCCGCCUGGAUUGCAGCGAACGUUCAGGGUAAGGCCGGGAUGGCACCAUGGGGAGCUAUCGCCCUUCCGCCCGCCCUGGAUUUGACGCAGAGCAACUGGAUUUGGACGAAAGAAUCUGCUAACGCAGCAGUAACCGCACCUGUUGGAAACAGGGCCUUCAGAAAGACCAUCCAAUCGCCAUACGGAAAGGGAGCUGUCUGUGCGAAGGUGGUGUUGACCACAGACAAUGGCUACACCCUUUACGCUAACGGCCAAGACCUUGGUUCAGGAAGCGACUACACUGCCGCUCAAGCGUACUCCGUGCCCCAAUUGAACCCUGAUGAGAAUGUGUUCGCCGUGAAUGGCGUUAACACAGGAGGUCCCGCUGGUGUGAUUGGCACCAUCCUAGUGGCAUACAAUGACGGUACAUCGGUGUCCUACAUUACAGAUAACACCUGGAAAUCGUUCGUUGGAGUUCCAAGCGGGUUCGAGCUCCCGGCGACAAACGACGACGCUUGGGAUGAUGCCACGAUUUCGGGGAAGUACGGGGUCUCUCCGUGGGGUGCUAUAACCGUGCCAAGGGCUUGA